AGAAAGAACGAAAGAAAGAAAGAGCUCGCGUUUGAUGUGUUUGUGUAUUUUAGUGUUGAUGAUGAGAGAUGAGAUGAAUGUGAUGUGCUGUAAAUCAGUAGGAACUGAUCUAUCCAUGCUGGAUAUUGAUGAUUUCAUCACAGAAAUCUCUCAGCUGAAGAAAGAGGUGGCGUUACUGGAGACAAAGCUGAGGUUAAGAGGAGAUGAAGGACUGAAGAGAGAGGACUCCGAGCUCAGUCUGACUUUACUCUGUUAUACUGAGUCAAAGCCCACAGACGCUCAGGACACUACAGUGUGUGACAGUAAUCAGGGCUUACAGGAUGAGGAAUCUACUGAUCAAACCUCCACAGAGUCUCUGGAUUCUGUCUGGAACGCUGGAGAACAGCAGCAGAUCCUGCAGACCAAACUCAAGAUGUGUUCAGUCAAACCCAUGGACUGCUCGAACCUCAUGAUGGAGAUAAAAACUGAACCCACAGAAAUAAAAACUGAAACCACAGCAGAUGAAUAUGAAGACAAUCACAAUGAUUAUCAGGAUUUUAUUCUGUCAACUAUAAAAACGGGACUGACAGCUGUCUUCAGUCUCUGUGUGAUAGAGAAAGAUGUGAGGAGUGAUUUAUGUUUGGAUGGAGAAAUAACGUCCUCGACUCUUUCCUGCAUCACCGGUGGAGAGACAUUGAGCUCACAGAGACAUUUAGAGAGAAAACAUACACACCAUGAUCUCUUCACCUGCAAGAGAUGCAAGAUCAGCUUUACUACCUUACAAGAGAAGGAACUUCAUACACAAGAGCACAAAGAGAAGAAGAUAAAGUUUCACUGUCAGCAGUGUGGAAAGGAUUUUGGCUUCUUAUCUCAUCUGAAACGUCACAUAAGGAAACACAGUGGUGAAAAGCCUUUCCACUGCACUGAAUGUGGCAAAAAUUUCCGCAGCAAAAGAAAUCUUGUUAUUCAUCAGAGAAUUCAUACAGGAGAAAAACCAUACGAGUGUCCUCACUGUGAGAAGAGAUUCAACCACAAACCUCAUCUGAAGAGUCAUGUGCGUAUACACACCAAUGAGAGACCGUAUCAGUGCAGUCAAUGUGACAAAGCCUUUAGGGAAUCAUGGUCAUUAAAAUUACACCAGAAUAUUCACUCUGAAGAAAAACACUAUCAAUGUUCACACUGUGAUAAACGUUUCUGUCAGAAAUUGUAUCUGAUACGCCAUCAGAAAGUUCACAGAGGAGAGAAACCCUAUAUCUGCUCGAUCUGUGGAAAGAGAUUUGUUUAUUCUGGAAGUCUUCAGAAUCAUCAGAAGAAACAUACUGAAGAACAAACUACACUGAAGUCUUCGUAGUGUCUUAAAGUCUUUACACACUGGCCGUGUAUAUUUGGUGCGAAUGUUCGAUGCUAUAGCGGGCUAGAACAAAAACAAUUUAUUAUUACAUUGACCUCAGUAAUUCCCAGCAUGAUAAAGCAAAUGUUUUCUUUUCAACCACUGUGAUGAAUUUUCCUUUUUAUGCCUAAGGAAUAAAUGGAUCAAUCAAUAAGAUCUGAGCAUUACGUCACGUUCAUGGAGGGGCUGCUGUAACUCAAAAGGGUGAGACGGUGGUGCUAAACUGUAUUGAAACAUCCCAUUUAAUUCACAAUUGUUCACUGUUUUUAAAGCAGCUGUAGAUGAAAUUGAACUAAAAAAACUGUGAUGAUUAUUAUUAUUAUUAAAGAAUUUAAAAGAGCUGCAAUUGGACAAAAAAAACGUUCAGUUGUCUCUGACGGUCAUCAAUAUGGCAGCAUGAGGACGGGCAUCACACCAAACUGGAUUUGAACCUGUCUGUCUCAGAUGUCCUCAGAGACCCGAGGGUGAGAAAGGAAAACAGAAACAAGAUGCUAUUAGUGUUGACGCCGCUCACAUGUAAUGUUAAAGCGAUACAGUCAUACAGUAUAAUGGAUAUGUGCUCGAAUCUGAUCAAGGUCACUAUUGUGGCAUAAAUGUGUUUAGGAGCUGAAUUAGGUGAAUGUUUGAUUAAAUGAUGAGUUUAUGUUUAAGCAGACUUUCAAAGUGACUGACGGACAUCCUGAAAUACAGCUGAAUACGAUCAUGACACCCUGUUCUUCUCAUUGCUGAAGAUUUUGGUGUAACCAAUAACACUAAAAAUCAGCUCAUCCUCAGUGCUAGAUUAAAUGCAAUGUAAAAUGCUGAAUACAUAAACACAAUAAAGAGACUAAAUGUUUCUUUGAUUGAUCUGAGUAGAAACAUACAUUUGUGUUUU